CGCGUAACUGCCACAACCCUCCCUGCCUCAUCACGCCCCCCUCACACCUCACCGCAUUUUCAGAAAACUCCCUCUCGCUCUCUCUCUUAAUAUAUAUAGAUACUGCGUGGCUAAGCACAGCGGUCCUUCACACUUCUCACCGCUCUUCUUCCUGCCCCUUUACCCUUCUCUAGAUUACUUUUUUCUUCCGUUUGAAAUCUUCGAUCGUUUCCGGUUGUUUCAAUGUCAGGACAAGGAGGCGGUGGUGGUCGCGGAGGCAGAGGCGGCGGUGGUCGAGGACGGUCUCAAGGCGGUGGUCGCGCUGGCCCUGGAGGCGGUCGGUAUGGUCCUGGCGGUCCGUCUCCUGCAGGGCGUGGUGGUCCCCCACCACCUUCGUACAAUGCGCCUCCCGCCACCGUUCCGUCUGAGUUGCCGGCUCAGUUUAGCCGGGUGUCUUUGCAACCUGCGGCAGCGCCGGCUCCAGCACCGGCAGCAGUGCAGGCGCCUGUGGCUGUGGAGAAGGUUUCAACAGAGGAGCGGUUGCCUCUGCCUCCACCAGGAUCGUCGAAGGACGUUCGGUUUCCGUCGCGGCCUGGUUACGGUACACUUGGCCAGAAAUGUAUUGUCCGUGCUAAUCACUUUCUGGUGGAGUUGUCUGAUCGGGAUCUUCACCACUACGAUGUGACUAUUACCCCUGAGGUUGCAUCAAAAAAUGUUUGCAGAGAUAUUAUGGCGAAAGUUGUUCAAGAGUACUCACAAUCGCAUAUGGGAAAAAGGUUGGUUGCUUAUGAUGGGGGAAAGAGUAUUUAUACGGCAGCUGAACUGCCGUUCUCGUCCAAGGAUUUUUCUGUGAAGUUGGCUGACAAGGAUAGAAAGUCAAGGCCAGACAGAGAAUUCAAUGUCUCUAUCAAGUUUGCCGCUAAACAUAGUCUGUACCACCUGCAGCAGUUCUUACAGAGCAAACAGCUUGAUACUCCCCAGGAAACAAUCCAAGUUCUUGAUGUUGCCUUGAGGGCAAAUCUAUCAACUAAAUAUCAGGUUGUGGGAAGGUCUUUCUUUGCUUCAACUUUUGGAGAGGGAAGAUUAGAUGAUGGGCUGGAAUACUGGAAAGGUUUUUAUCAGAGUCUCCGUCCAUGCCAAAUGGGGCUAUCCUUGAAUAUAGAUGUGUCUGCAAGAGCAUUCUAUGAACCCAAAUUGGUUUCUGAAUAUGUUUUUGACUUUCUAAAAGUUCGGGACGUUUCUAGACCGCUAACAGACCAAGAUCGUUUAAAGGUCAAAAGAGUUCUUAAAGGGGUGAGGGUUGAAGUAAGCCAUCUUAAAAACAUUAGGCGCUAUAAGAUAUCUGGAUUGUCAACACUGCCUGCUAGUCAGUUGAUGUUCGAAAUGGAAACCGGAGAAAAGACUUCUGUGGUUAAUUAUUUUAGUAAAAAAUACAAAAUUAAUAUCAUGUAUCCCAUGCUGCCUGCUGUUCAAUCUGGAAACGAUGCCAAACCUGUAUAUCUGCCAAUGGAGGUUUGCAGAAUUGUGAAGGGGCAAAGAUAUACAAGAAAAUUGAAUGAGAAACAAGUCAGUGCAAUGCUAAAAGCUACUGCCCAGCGUCCUCAUGAGAGAGAGAAUAGCAUAGCGAAGGUUGUUGAUUCCAAUAAAUAUAACAUGGACAACAUAGUUGCUGAAUUCGGAAUGAAAUUAACUGCUGAUCUUACUGCUAUUGAGGCUCGUGUUCUUCCACCACCAAUGAUCAAAUAUCAUGAAAGUGGACGGGAACCUGCCCUUUGUCCUACUGUUGGGCAAUGGAAUAUGAUAAAUAAGAAAAUGGUAGAUCCUGCAAGGGUUGAUUUCUGGACAUGCGUGAACUUUUCACGAUUUAAGGAUCCAGAGGGCUUUUGUCAUGGCUUGAUAGACAUGUGUGUUAGCAGAGGCAUGGUUUUUAGUCCAAACCCUUUGAUACCAUUUCGUGCUGCAAAUCCAAAUCAAAUAGAGAAGGCACUAAACGAUAUCCACAAAGAGAGUUGUGCUAGGAUUGCUAGCAUGGGGUUGCCAACGGAUGGAAAGAAUGUUCCAAAGCUACAGCUGCUCAUCAUUAUUCUUCCUGAUAUAACUGGAUCAUAUGGGAAGAUAAAAAAGAUUUGUGAGACAGAGUUGGGGAUCGUCUCUCAGUGCUGUCAACCUAAGCAAGCUUCAAAGUACAGCAAGCAGUAUUUUGAGAAUGUUUCUUUAAAGAUCAAUGUGAAGGUUGGGGGAAGGAACUCCUUCCUGGAGCAAGCUGUGCAGCGUAGACUGCCGUAUAUAUCAGAGCGCCCCACAAUCAUCUUUGGUGCUGAUGUUACUCAUCCUCAGCCAGGGGAGGACUCAAGUCCUUCCAUUGCUGCUGUAGUUGCAUCAAUGGAUUGGCCGCAUGUAACAAAGUAUAGAGGUUUGGUCUCUGCGCAAGAGCAUCGUGUUGAAAUAAUUGAGGAUCUCUACAAGUCACACCAGGAUCCAGCUAGAGGGAUUGUUCAUGGCGGGAUGAUUAGAGAGCAGUUAAUUGAGUUCAGAAGGUCAACCGGGCACAAGCCCCAUCGUAUAAUAUUCUUUAGAGAUGGAGUGAGUGAAGGACAAUUCAGCCAAGUCUUGCUUUAUGAAGUUGAUGCCAUCCGGAAGGCUUGUAACUCGUUGGAGAAUGGAUAUCUGCCCCCUAUUACCUUUGUUGUUGUUCAGAAGAGGCACCACACCCGCCUUUUCCCAUCGAAUCACAGUGAUCGCCGCAUGACUGACAAGAGUGGAAACAUUCUUCCAGGUACGGUAGUGGACCGGAAGAUAUGCCACCCCACAGAAUUUGAUUUUUACCUGUGCAGCCAUGCUGGCAUCCAGGGGACAAGCCGUCCAGCCCACUACCAUGUCCUCUAUGACGAGAACAAGUUUACUGCCGAUGGGUUGCAGAACUUGACAAACUCUCUCUGCUACACCUAUGCACGUUGCACCCGAUCUGUCUCCAUUGUCCCGCCGGCAUAUUAUGCUCAUCUAGCUGCCUUUCGAGCGAGGUACUAUAUUGAGGGAGAGUACUCUGACAGCGGCUCCACCGGGCAAGGUGGUGGUGGUGGGCAGGCCACCCGAGAGAAGAGUGCUGAUGUCAGAGCAUUGCCGGCAAUAAAGGACAAUGUGAAAGCUGUCAUGUUCUAUUGCUGAGUGGGUUGUGGAGAAAUGUGAUUGAAGAAUGGCUUGAACAUUUCACAUCUUUAUAUUUUUUGCCCGAUGACUCUAUGUUAGGCUGCUGCACAUAUUACUCCGUUUGUGGGCUUAUGGCUUCUUUUUUGCUAAUUACAGGAACUUCAACAUAUGCUCGCCCAUUUCAUGUGGGUUUUGACCAUCGCCUAUAGUAUAUACAUAUAUUUUGG